UCCCAGUCGCUCUGCAGCCGCACCACCGCCUCCGCCGCCAUCUUGGCCUCGGCUCCUCCCCGGAAGCCGCCUCCCGCUUCCCCGGCCGCUCCGAGACGGCAGCCGGAGCCCUCAGUCUCGGAGCCAGGCCUCGGGACCGCGGGCGAGGCCGAUCCGGAAUGACGUCCAGCGCCCGUCCCCCCAGUCACGACUGGACCCGGAAACCCAGCACGAAGGAGGAGGAGGAGGACCCCCUCGACCGGAUGAUCUCCCGCACCGGCUGCUCGGCUUUCCAUUACGCCGUGCAGGAGUGCAUGGCCGAGCACCAAGACUGGCGCCAGUGCCAGCAGGAGGUGCAGCGCUUCAAAGACUGCAUGAGCAAAUACCAGCAGCGGCGGGCCGAAGAGCUGCAAAAGCUGCGCCAGGCCACAAGCUGACGGGAGAGCGAGGCCGGCUGCCCUCUUCUGCGGCUCAAGAUGGAAUAAAUCCAAAGGAGGCAGACGCUGCCUUCUAGGGGCCCUGCUUCCUGUAUCCAAGGAAGAGCCUGCUCUCUCCUGUGGACAGUGGAGGGCACGUUGCAGCGGCUGGACGCUCAGGAGUUAUUCUUUCUCAGAUCAGAAGCGUGAAUUAUAUUUUCUCCUCAAAAUAAACGGGCCACUGUUA